UGAGGACCAGGCGGGUGAAAGACAAUACAAAGAAACAUAAAUCUGCACAGAUGUCCGUGGCAUUGAACAGUGAGUCGGAGGAGGUUACAAUAGAAAGCUGGAGUCUGGUGGAUACUGGCAAAAGAUCAAAACAUGAAUCAAAAUAUAGAUGGACACCUCAAAGUCCAGUCUGGUGGAUUGGAGUUACUGCAGUGUGUCUGGUGAUUCUUCUGCUGACUGUGAUCUUGGCCUUGGUGGUCCAGAAUGGCAGUACUAUCAGGCAUUGGAACAAACUUCAAAUUGGUCUGAUGGAGUACCAAAACCUGGUUUUUAAUCUGACUAAAGACAGAGAUGCUCUGAGAGAUGAGCGAGACCAACUGAGAAUUAAUUCCAGCAGUCUGGCCAAAGACAUAGAGGUGCUGCAGAGCCAAUAUAACACUGUGGCUGCAAGUCGAGAUGAAUUAGAAGAGGCGGUCAGACAGUUAAAUCUCAGCACAGCAGAUAAACAUUGCCACCUUGGAUGGGUAAAAUUCAACAACAGCUGCUACUAUGCCUCUGAGAAACGAGCGAAAAAAACAUGGGAAACCAGCAGACAAGACUGUUUAGAGAGAGGAUCAGAUCUGGUGAUUAUAACCACAAAUGCUGAGUUGAAUUUUGUCACCACACUUUACACCAGAACCUGGAUUGGUCUAUCUGACAUAGCGCAAGAGGGUAAGUGGAAGUGGGUGGAUGGGACUGACCUGGGAGAUGGGGGAUUCUGGCAAACCGGGGAGCCCAAUAAUCAUGGACAUGAGGAUUGUGUGGAGAUUUCACGUUCAAAUGGGGAUUGGAAUGAUGUGUCUUGUGAUACUAAAAUACCAUGGAUUUGUGAGUAUUAACAUCCAUUGUUUGUCUUUCAAUUGAUGCGAUUCAGGUCAUCCCAUCACGGUGUACAAUGCAACACAUACAGAUUAAUCAUAUUCAAAGUCAUGUGCCAGUGUUGAUGUUUGAACCCUAACUAGAAAGUCUGAUAACUGAUCCUUUAUAUUGUGUCUCUAUAGUAGUUUUACAUACAAGUCCUUCAGACAUAACCUACUGUUUUUUCUAAUUUCUUAAAUCUGACAAAAAACUAGGUAAUGGUGACAUUUACAUUAAAAAUGAUACAGAAUAGUCACAAUAUUGCUUAAUGAUAUUUUGUACCUGUUUUAGCAAUAAUUAGUCAUUCAAAUCAAAAAGUAGAAGCAAAAUGUUGUAGCCCCUGAAUGUUUUUUUUUUCCCCACUGCUUCUUGAAUAAAUAAUAAAAGUUUUAUUUCUGGCAUCCUGCUGUGAGAUGGAAGUGAGGCCUGCAGAGAUCCACUGUGCUUAAUGCAUUUCAGAGAACAGGGUCAAAUCUGCCCUUGCCAAAGCUUUCUUACCCAUUUCCUCAACGGAAAAAGAAGAAAAAAAAAAGAUUUAUGAUCUAGAAGUCUUGGUUUUAUAAACAAUGGCCUUACAUCAGGUGAAAGGAUACAGGGUCUUAUAUAGGUCGUAUUGAUUCUAACCGUUAGCCAGGAUCCACUGAACUAAGCCCAGUGCCCUUACAGAGGUUAUAUCAACAUUGUUUCACAUAAACCAAGUCCUAGCUAAACAUUAACUGUGGUUUACCACAAGAAACUGCACUUAGCAUCUGAUGUCACAACAUAACAGUUUUCCUUCACCAUUUGAUUAAAAAACUGUAUUCGCAAAAAAUGUACCCUCCAACACAACAGGUCUGUGUUUUAGUGGAAACACAGUUGGAAAUGUCACCAAGUCAGUUUAGAAAUCAGUUCUUCUCCACUCUCCUCUGCUCCCGCUUAAACUAAUAUUUACUUUUUAAACCUCUUCGCUUCAGCACUGUGAAGGUUAACCAGUAUACACACCAUUGUUUCUUAGCCCUCAUUUCUUUUCUAAUAGUCUUCACUCCAACUAUUUGAUUUGCCUUGUCACUAAUGUUCCUCAGUUGUGGUGUCUGCUGGUGGCUGUUCACACAGAGGGAGUCAAGUGCCUCAACAGACUCAGUGAGAGUAAACUGCUGCUUUCAGUUACUGUUGGUGUUUCCACCAGGACAAGAUGAGCAUGCAUGAUGAUUAAUUGGAAUGACUGCAGAGUUAUAAAGAAGGUGUGGAGAUCAUAAAAGCCACAAAAACAAGCAGGGGAGUGACAUAUUGAUGCAGACAGCAUGGAGCCAUAAAAGCAUACUUAUCCCAUCAAAGCUAAAUUCAUUAGCAUGUCAUAACAAUUCACCAAUACAUGCAUUAUCAUCAUUGUGUAUAAUAGGUAUUGUAUAUUCCUAGCCUCCUUUUCUGUUGCACUCAGCAACUUUUACCAAUAAAUUAAUUAAAAAGCUCAGUCACAUGAUUCAUCUGGACAAUUUCUUGUUUUAUAAUUUCUUGUUAUCUUGCCAGCCUUGCACAUACGCUUAAUCUUAAAAAAUAUAUAUACUUUAAAUUGUGGACUCAAAUUAAAUUAAAAAUUAUUCUUUCAGAAUAAAACCUCAACCAAGUAAAACCACCUUUGACACGGAAAUAGCUUAUGACCUUUACUAAAUGGCAUUGUAAUGUAGGAGCUUC